AGAUGCUCGGAAAAUGAGAGACGGGCCACCUCGCGUAGACCCGCGGGACCCGUCGCAACGUAGCAUUCGCCAAACAUGAGCCGUAACGGGGAACGACUGCUUUGUUUUCUCGAGGAUGACCGCGCGCUUCAUGAGCUUCCCUUUCCCGAAUGUUUAUUUGAAGUGGAAACGCGAGACACUCACGCGCGCCUCGUUUGCGUCCCGGUGGUUGUUUUAGCCCAGUUGGUCGCUCGCGUUAGUUAGCGCCGAAGCUAAUUCGAGCUCUGCUAGCAGUUAGCCGAGUGCAGUCGAUGGCUUCCUGCUAAAAGUAACACUAAAGCCUUCAUUUCCCCCCCAGAAAUGCUACUUGACGAAAUCAUAUCACGUCAAAUUCGAUUUUAAAGACAAACUUUGGUUUGGGCAGGUUUGAAUUGUUUUUUUUUGGUUAUUGUUCACCUCGACGUUCUCCGACCAUGCUCAGAGGGUGCGCAGACAAGAUGACGAGGCUUAAGACUCUGAAAGAAGAGAAGGAACAACUGCAGCACAGGGUCAUCCGCGCCAUGCACAGGAAGCUGCGGACCGACGAGAUGAAGUGGAAGAUCAUGUGGUGCCGCGUGAAGAUGGAGCAGAUCAACCAGGCGCUGACCUGCGCGCAACAAGAAGUCAAGAGCGACAAGGAGCUGCUGCUGCAGUCCCAGGAAGAACGCCAGCGCCUCCAGCGCCGCGCCAACCGCCACCGGCAGAAGCAAGACAAGAUCGAGCGGCACAACCGCCGUCUGGGCGAGCUGCUGGAGCGACGCCGGCGGGAGCUGAGCGGGCGACUGGCGGAGCUGGCGGCCACGCGGCGCCAUCACGUGGCCGAGUUGAUGGCGCACAUCUUCCCCACGCGGGAAGAGAAGGGCUGCAGCAGAGACCCCGCCGACGUGGUCUCCGAGUGCGACGCGACGCUGACGUCCAGCACGGUGAGCGAGCUGGCGGAGGCGCGCAGGACCACCUACCUGUCGGGCCGCUGGAUCUGGGAUGACCAGAACGGGGAGACCAGCGUCAGCAUCACGGGGCCCGCCGUCACGUUGCCUAGCAACGGGGACUGCUCGGCCUACUACGGCCGGGCGGACGACAAGAGCGGCAAGCACGGCCCCGAACUGGACCACAUCAACCCGGCGCACACCAUCAGCGCCGCUCUGUGCUACGCCACGCAGCUGCUCACCGUCUUGUCGCACAUCCUGGAUGUCGUCCUCCCCAAGAAGCUGUGCAACAGCGAGUUCUGCGGCGACAGCCUGAGUCGCUUCCGCUUCACACGCGCGCUCAGCAAGCUCAACGCCAACACGCUGCAUCUGUGCUUCUCACAGCACGUAGACUGCGACAAGCUCCACCCGCACCACACCCUGCGCAACAUCAUGUUCCUGGUCUCGGCCGCCAACCCCGACCUGGGCAGGACGGGUCCGUUCGAGGUGAGCGCCGACCUGGAGGAGUCGAUGGAGCUGGUGGAGCCCGAGGCCUCGGGAGCCGUGGAGGAGAGCGGCGACGAGGCCGUCACCGACGACGAGACCGACCUCGGCACCGACUGGGAGACCGUCCCCAGCCCGCGCUUCUGCGACAUACCCUCGCAGCCGAUGGAUCUCUCCCAGAGCGCGCUGCAGGUGUCCCAGCCGUCCGUCAUCACGGGAGGGAUGAUCUCAUCGGCGGCGGCCUCCGUCACGUCCUGGUUCCGAGCGUACACGGGUCAGCGCUGAG